GGGCGGGCCGAGCUGACAAUCCCCUAAUCCCAUCAACGCCGCGGGGGCUGAGCAGAGCCGAGCUGGGCCAUGGCGGGCACAGCGGCACGGGGGCACCUCCUGCACCCGCUGCUUUUCCAGCUCUGCUGCGGUUGUCACGGGCUCCGCGUGUCCACGAGCACGCGUAUCCUCUACACGCUCCUGCACGUCCUGGCCUCUGCUGUGUGCUGCCUCAUGCUGUCCCGCACUGUGGCCCAGGCUAUCACAGAGAAGGUGCCCUUCUCAGUGGUGCUGUGCCAACACCUGCCUGGGGGCACAAACUGCGAGCAGCUGGUGGGCUCCUCGGCCGUGUACCGGGUCUGUUUUGGCACUGCCUGCUUCCACCUGGCACAGGCUGCCCUGCUGCUCAACGUGCGCUCCAGCUCUGACUGCCGUGCGCAGCUCCACAAUGGGUACUGGCUCCUGAAGCUUCUGGUGCUGGUGGGCCUCUGGGCCGCAAGCUUCUUCAUCCCUGAGGACAACUUCAUCCAAGGUGUGCCCCCACCCUACCUGAGCUGGUAUCCUGGGCAGCCCUUUUGUGCCCCACUUGCCCUGUGCCAUCUCUACCUCUGCCCUCUUCCCCCAGCCUGGCACUACACAGGUGUCUGUGGGGGCUUCGCCUUCAUCCUCAUCCAGCUGGUGCUGAUCACAGCCUUUGCACACACCUGGAACAAGAACUGGCUGACAGGAGCUGCGCAGGACAAGCGCUGGUAUCUGGCUGUGCUGUUGGCCACGGCCACCUUCUACACCCUUGCCUCUGCCGCCUUCUCCUUCCUCUACAAGUUCUACACCCACCCAGCCGCCUGCCACCUCAACAAAGCACUGCUUGCCAUCAAUGGCAGCCUCUGUGGCAUCAUGUCCUUCAUCUCCAUCACACCGUGUGUGCGGCUUAAGCAGCCGCGGUCAGGGCUGCUGCAGUCCUCAAUCAUCAGCUGCUAUGUGAUGUACCUCACCUUCUCUGCACUGUCCAGCCGCCCCCCAGAGAGAGUGCUGUACAAGGGGCAGAACCUCACUGUCUGCUUCCCGGGGGUUGGGCAGGAUGAGCUGCAGACAGAGGACACCACCGUCGCCGUGCUGGGUGCUGCUAUCAUGUACGCCUGCGUGCUCUUCGCAUGCAAUGAAGCCUCGUACCUCGCUGAGGUCUUUGGGCCCCUCUGGAUGGUCAAAGUCUACAGCUUUGAGUUUAAAAAACCUUCCUGUUGUUUCUGCUGCCCUGAGAAGAUGGAGGAGGAGCUGAGAGGCACUGACCAGACGUGUGAGCAAGUAGAGGAGAGUGCCAGAGGACAGUUCAUCAUCGAGGAUGAGCAGGACCGGGUGGUCUACAGCUACUCAGCUUUCCACUUUGUCUUCUUCCUUGCCUCACUCUAUGUUAUGAUGACACUCACCAACUGGUUCAGCUAUGAGAACGCAGUGCUGGAGACCACCUUCACACACGGCAGCUGGUCAACCUUCUGGGUGAAGGUGUCCUCGUGCUGGGCUUGUGUCCUGCUCUACCUGUGGCUGCUGCUGAGCCCCUUCUGCCUCCAUGGCUCCCCACAGCACCAACGCAGCAGUACAGGGCCACGCAUCGUGCGGCGCCGACGUGCUCCACAGCGCAUCAACGUCUCCACAUAGCCCCUGCCAGGACCAACUGCGCCCAGGGCUGGUCCCUGCCGUGCCCCGUGCCCUAGCCCUGCUUGGUCCUCCUGGCCUCCCCUGACCCCCUGUCCCAGGAGACAGCAGCACCUGAGAGCUUGAGGGGAACAUGGGAGGUGGAUGCCAGGGACACUGGCCCCGUGCUGAGCCAGGGCCACCCAAAGGGCCAGAGCCAGCUGGUGGCAGGUGCUCAGCCCGCAGCCUGGUUGCCCUGGCCUCACUGGUGCAGUGGGGGAGCAGGGCUCUGCCUUGGCUGCCACUGCCAUGGUGCAUUCACUGUAAAUACCUGCUUGAAUACAUUUUUAUAUAAAAC